UACUACACUGAAAUCAAAAUUCUCGCCAAUUCUAGGUUAGCUUAAUCGGGCUUUGAACAACUUGGCUCAGUAUUUUAACCCCUCCACAUAACCGAUAACACCUUGUGUGUUUUCGUUUCUUCGUAGGGCAAAGUCAUGCUGAGCAGGCCACAAAAGAGGAUUCAAAUGUACAGACUAUGCAGGUAUGGCAGAAAAAAAUGGAAACCGAGUGUAACUGAGAACUUGCAGUGGCAGAUUACAUUUUAUAACAUCCCACAGAAAAUGAAGCCACUUAAAAUAUAUACAAGAAAGCCUUCGUAUAUUCCCAUCAUGCUCUGCGCGUAUUGUCGCAUUUUUUGCGUUGGUCUCUGCAUUUUCAAUGGCAUGGUAUAAAAUACGCUGUCUCGUGGAAUAGCAGAGAAUAUUCCACUUGUUACUUGUAUUGUUUUUGGUAUACACACUCAACUAAAGGCUCUUGUGUACUCCGAGAAAUUUAAGUGACUCGUGGGAUAUUAGACGGUAUACCACUAGAAAGCAUUGAAUUAUUAAUAUAACAGGAGCCUAUCAUUUGGACAUGUGGACAUAUUUGGUUUGGAAACUUUAUGAUAAUUUAGAAAUACCUUGCUUUUAAGCAAAAUAUUAAAGGGGAUCAUAAAGAGGGUUUUCUUUCUUAAUUUCAGGAAUCAUUAAGUUUUAACUCUAAGGGACAAAACGAGCGUAGAAAGCUGGUUGAGAAGUUCUGUGCAAAGACCGGCCACAGUGAGAUGCCCGAUCCGUUUCAUUUAGCAGUGAUUCCUUCUCUUCAAAUCCUGUACUGUGUCAUGCCUAAAGUUGCCUCCAGACAAUUGAGGAGAAUGCUGUAUCGAUUUAACACAGGUAGGGGGGAGUUGCGAUUAAAAGCGUUUCCUCCCUACCAGCAGAAGCAGAUCUUAGAAACAUAUUUCAAGUUCACGUUUGUUCGUGAGCCGUUUGAGCGAAUCCUUUCUGCGUACAAAGACAAGUUUGUUUAUCCAAGAUUUCCCCGCUCAAAACUUCAACUUCACGGCACAGCAAUUCUAAAAAGCGUUCGUCCAAACGCUUCCCAGAGCGCACUUGAUAAGCUCGAUGACAUCUCUUUUCGUGAAUUCAUUGAAUAUUUAGUCACCAAAGGAAGUAACAAGAGUACACCUGUUAUGGACUGGCACUGGGACAAUUACGUCAACAUUUGUGGAAUGUGUGCCAUCAACUAUGACUUUAUAGGUCAUUACGAAACUUUUGAUCAAGACAUGGCAGAUUUUAAAGAGGCUGCAGGGUUAACGCCCGAAGAUGCAAAGAGAUUCAAUGCUCAUUCCAACAAUAAAUCCAGUACCGCCUCCUCUUUGCUCAGUUAUUACUCGCAGAUUCCCAUAGAAUGGAUCGACAUCCUUGGUCGGUUGUUCAGAGCCAACUUUGAGAUGUUUGGAUACAACUUCCCGGGACCUCUUCAGAGUCUUUUUGAGAAAAAGAAGAGAGAACAGUGA